AAUUCUUAAACUGAUUUUAUGUUGCAAUUCUAGUUCUACUAAGUAAAUGCCUUACUCGAGUUUUCAGAAAUUUAAUUUAUAUAGUUCUUGCACUAGCGAUGAAAAUGUGACUAGCUUGUGUAUGAUGGUGUGACCACAUAGAUGGGAUGUUAAUUCCUAAUCUUUUGUGUUAUAAUUAAUAUGUUAUGCAACAUCUGUGUGAUGUUAAAUUAGCAUUUUUACAGUGUUUGAAAUAUGUCAUAUGAUCCUAAAUUUAUUACCUACACUUAAUCUGCAUAAUGAUAGCUCAUCAUAAGUGCAAACUUUUUAAAUUUUUCAUCCUUCCAUGGAAGCCUAAUGAGACAAAAGGUGGCAUAUAUAAGUAGUGAUGGUACAUGAGUUGAGUCUCCUGUAAGCUUGUAAAUUGCAGAUUUGGUUCCAAUUGCUAGUGAUGCCGCCGAUAAUGGCUUUACUGUGAACGUAAAUUAAUGAUUUGAGCCGAGAAAGAUAGUGUAGUUUUAUACUUAUAUCUCAUUGUACCUGAUAUGAAAUAGUGAAAUUUUCCCAAUAUGUUGAGUUUAAGUUUUUCUAAAAUGCUUGGGAUGGGGAGGAUUGCCGGUGUUUGUGACAGGAGGGGUUAAGUAGGCAGUUGGAAGGUUCGGGGAGAGAUUGUGGGUAUGUGCGGGAGACAUCCAGGCUCAGUGAGGGCAUGCAAGGGUUAGGGGGUUGUAGAGCUAACUUCAUCAAAAGCAUUGUAUCAAAAUAGAGUAAUGUAAAUGAAAACAAAUGAAGUAUUAUUAUUUUUAUUUGUUAUGAAAAAGGAUAAUGUAAAUAAAAACAAUAAAAACAAAUGAUUUGAAUAAGUAUAUGAGUACAAUCUGAGACAGAAUGUGCUCAAGUGUCUUUGUAAAAUCAUUUGGUUCUAUUGUUGAUGAGAUGAAACAUAUAAGGGAUGAGUGUAAUGAUCAAGUUACUGUUACUGUGAAUGCAAUCAUAUGGCCGACUCCUCAGCCAAUUGGGACAAUCUCAUGGAGGCAGCAAUUUCUGCAACCUGGUUGUUUUUCUCUGCAAUUCCAACUCUUCUGGCUUUUAGGCGAGCUGCAGAUUCAGUAGCGAAGCUAAUGGAUGUCACUAGAGAGGAGCUUCCUGAUACUAUGGCUGCAGUUCGACUCUCUGGUAUGGAGAUCAGUGACCUAACCAUGGAGCUCAGUGACAUUGGCCAAGGAUUAACACAAGGCGUUAGAAGCUCAACUCGAGCUGUCCGCUUAGCAGAGGAAAGAUUGCGACAAUUUUCAAGCACAAAUCAAUCAGCAACCAUGCAGGGUCUACUAGUCCCAACGGCGACCAGGACAGCAGAACCAGCUUUAGCCAAAAAGGCGAGGGACCUAAGGGAAGGGAUAGUUAAAGGUCGUCAAGUUUUGCAAAUGCUUUUCGCCCUCACCCGGUAUUCCACAACGGUCUCCAAUUUCUUGAAAUCCAGGGCAAAGACAUAGAUUCAGUAGCAUUAGAUCCAAGGAAAUCAAAUCUACUUUUAGUUGCAUAAUUCUUGUCCAAUGUCUGUGGUCCUUCUAUUGGCUGUGGUUGAAUGUUCACUUUCACCAAGUGCUAGACUGUUACUAGCAUAUUUCUUUCUUGCUAUGUUCAUGUACAUCAGACUUUUAUCUAUGUUAACUUUCCCUAUUUCAUGGAUUUGGUGGGCUGAUCCACAAUGUAGUUCAGUUGGAUCGUUCUUUUGUCUAUCAAAGAGUAUCCUUUUCCCCUUC